UCUGUAGGACUAUGUAACCCUCAACUCCAAAGCCAUUCUCCUAGCACUAACCAUUGCCUAGAGUGUUUUUCUUGCAUUCGGGUGCCAAUUCUUUCUUGUUUACAACAAUGGUUUGGGCUAGCAAAUGUGCAUGGUUCCUUGCCGUUUGGCUCAGCCUGGCCAUGUUGCAUGGUGUUGGGGCUCAAGUUGGUGCACCCUCACCCUCCAUGGACUGCAGCUCUGCCCUCUACAACCUGAUUGACUGCGCGACCUUUGCGGAGGAAGGGAGCAAGCUGACCAAGCCCCAGGGGCAGUGCUGCUCCGGCCUCGAGAAGGUGAUCAAGGAGGAACUGGCCUGCCUCUGUGAGACCUUCGAGGGGAAUACAGACGUUGGGCCCACCCUCAACAUGACCAAGCCCCUGACCCUCCCCGCUGCCUGUGGGAUCGCCACCCCUCCACUCAGCAAGUGCAAGAGUGGGUCCCUGUCCUCCUUCCCAUUGCUUGGUCCACAUCAUUAGUACUACUUUUAAGCUAUUUUUAUCUUGGCUUUUGGCAAAGGUGUUUAAGUUAGAACUGGUUGCUUUUUUGUGGUGCGGUUGCAGUUGGUGGCGUGCCUGG